ACGUUCCUCAGGUUCAACUGAACGUUCACCAGAACCGUGUCGGUCAACAUUGCAGAGAUGGUUUGUAAUCUCUGCACUGAUUCGUCAGUUCGUGCGUUCAGCUUCAGACCGGAAGCAUUUAAAGACUCGGCUGGAGUCUGUGGAUUCCGACAGUCCUGAAGGCAGCAGCGGAGCAGAGGAGGAGCAGUUGAGGGUCUCGGAGCGGUGAGUCCCAUUAAAGCCGUUUAUUCCUUUUGGUUCGGGGCUUUAUCCGGUCCCGGUCCCGAGCAGGCCGGACCGGACCCAUGGGGCAGAGCGGGCCGGAACCGGGAGCUCCUGAGGCCGCAGCGGGAGCCCCACGCCGCCGCCGAGGGGCAAAACAUGUCUGCUCCGGGGCUGCGCGCGUGCUUACGCGGGUCUAAGCGCGUGCACGCUAUUCAGUGACAGAUAGAGCGCGUGCAGCGUGAGGUUCGGUCCGGUUCGGGUGGUCUCUGGGUUCUGUUUGGCUGCAGGUUCGGUCUGCAGGGUCCAACAGCUGCACGCUCCAUCAGCGGACUGCAAGUCCCAGAAUGCUUUGCGGGAAUCCUGGGAAAGUUUCCUCGAUCCAGGAUGAGAUCCAGAAGGAGCGAGGCGGUUCCGGUUCUGAUCUGUGGUCCAAACUGUCAGCUCAGGUCCUCCAGAGGUUCGGGUUACCAUGACAACCAAUCAAAGUCCAGCAGGGUUGAGUUAAUGCAGCGCCACCUGGAGGCUCCGAGUAGCAUGACAGCACUUCUUCUUCUCUGACAUGUUUGUUUCUCCAACAGGUGUUUUGAUCAGUCCAUUGAUUGAUGAUUGGCAGCUCAUCAGCUAAUUGGCUCAUGGUAACAACCAAUCAGCAUGGACUCUGAGGCCACGCCCCCAGACCGCAGGACUCAUCCUGAUUGGCCAUGGUAGCAGAGGGGACGCCUCAUCAUAAGAUGGAGCAAUUGGACGAGCUGAGCUUAGGGGCGGGGCUUGAAGUGGCAGAGGAAGCAGGAUGUGGUGAGGAGGAGGAGGAGCUCUGUCACCAGCCUGAACCAGGCAUGGAGGACGCUCCGCCCGACGCCAAGAUGGAGGACGCUCCGCCGGGCACCAUAACCAUGGAACAGCGCUGGAGGCAGCAGUUCCCAGACCUCCGCUGCUGCUCGGUCGUCCUCCUCAGGCUUCCUGUGGAGACGCUGCGGCUCCGGCGGUGGGGCGGAGCGGAGAGGAGGCGGAGCCGGCGGGUCAGGUCACGCGACCUGUGGUCCGGCUGGGACUGGAUGGAGCCACUGGACCCGGAGAACGGCGGCACCGGAACCCGAGGCUUCGUCAAGAAGGUGGAGGUGAAUGCCCCUGAAGAUGAGCCUGGGAAAACCCAGAGCCAGCUGCAACUGAUGCGACGCCUGGAGCCGCCCUCUGGCCCCGCCCACCCAGAUGACGGUGCCGCCCUGGGUGAGCCGCCGCAGAGCGACCACACCUACUGCCUGGGAUUCAAUACACCGGAGAGCAGCAGCCAAUCACUGGAGGACAGGCCACCGUCCCGGUUGUCCAGCUGGGCACAAAGAGACAGAGACGGCCACUGCUCACCUGCAGAGAAGAAGAACGUACCGAGUGUGGUGCUGCGGAAGGUGACGGGUGAUCAGUGGGUCCUCAGGACUGGAUCUGUUAAAGAAGAGGAAGAGGAGGAUAAAGAGGAGGUUCAGACAAAGAACAAGAAGAGAAACGAGACUUCAGCAUCAGGACAGAAGAUGCGCCGCCAGGCCUGCCGGAGCUGCGCUGCGUGUCUGAGGGAGAACUGCGGCGUUUGCACGUUCUGCCGCGACAUGAGGAAGUUCGGCGGUCCGUCCCGCAUGAAGCAGAAGUGUGUGAGGCGUCGCUGCCUGCUGCUGAGCGCCCAGAAACAGCCGACCAGGCAGCAGAACCGACCCGGGGAGCAGAAGGAACCGUCCGACCCGGUUCGACCCGGAGACGACACCGACUCUCCGGACGCCCAGCAGGAUGGAGUCCGGCGCUGGAGACACGAGAGGACGGCAGGAAGGCGGGAGGUGAGGAAGAGGAUGUGGAUGAAGAGGAGGAAGAGGAGGCGGGGCCAGACGGGCGGCGCCUCCGAGACUCGGAACGGCUGGAUCGGUCCGCUGAUGAAGAGCGAGGAAGAGGAGACGCCAUUGUCCCACUGUCACCAGUUGACUGGGGCCAGUGGGACCAGUUCAGCUCCGACUGGGACUCACCUGCAGUGGAACCUGACCCUGGACAGCUGCCACCUGCCCUCCACCACCCUCUCUGACUCCGCCCUCACCUGUCUGUCCGGCCUGCUGCCUCAGGACGGAUCCGUCCUCCACGUCUCCACAGGCCUCACCUUCAUCCCUCAUCCUCUUCCUCACUCUGCUGCCGUCCAAUCACCCGAACCGAAGGAGGAGGAGCAGCCAAUCAGCAUCGAGCUUUACGGCAGGGAGGCGGCGCUUUGGACUGGGACGUCUGAGGAGGGCAAGUUCUACGAAGUGGAGGUGGAGCUGCCGGACCCAGAGUCCGACCAGAACACCAUGACAACAUCAUCACCGUCGCACUCUGACAUCACCGCUGACAUCACCUGCAAGCGGCCGGACUUUAUCUCAUUGGAACCGCAGGGGUUCUGCCUGCUGGGGGGCGGAGCCAGGUGCGCAGGGGGGCGGGGCUUGUUCCAUCUGCUGAAGGCACUGAGGAGCACGGUGCUGCCGGCGCAUUGGGUCGCCGUGAUGGCUGCAGGACCAGAGCUGCAGCUGCUGCAGUGCUGCAGGCUGUCCUCCAUGAGGGACGCCAUUGUCCACGUCCAAUCAGAUCGCAGCUUCCAGGUCAGCGUGCGGUCCCGCCUGCUGCCUGAUGGACACCGCCUCUACAGGGAGUGCGCACACAGAGUCGCUCACCUGAGCCAGCUGGUGUCUCUGCUGCUGCAUCUGGAGCGACUCGCCGUCUGCCGGGGCUGCAGGGUUCAGGCGGCGUCCCGUCGGCUGCCGCUCCGCUCCGCAGACUGCCACCUGCUGGUGGCUCCGCCCUUCCACACCUGCCUGCCGUGCCUGCUGGAGGAGGAGGAAGAGGAAGAGGAGGGUGAAGAUGAAGAUUGAGGCAUGGUGGAGGAGUUCCAGUGUUGUUAAAGUGCCUCACCAUGUUGGGCUGGGGCUUCUGGGUAAUGGAGUCCAGCAGCUCCGAAUGUUUCUACCUCAGGUGUUUACUACUGAACAGUUCAUCAGAACCGAGUCCGGUCCGGUCCGAUCCGGUCCAGGACUGCUGUUUCCCUCUGAAUGUUUCUGUUGGUCCUAAAGAGAUUUUUCUACUUUUGAUACGUUUAUAAAGGGUUUUUCAGAAACGCGCCGGUGUGCUGUCUUUGCUUCCUGAAGCGGAGUGGAUCUCUGCCAGGGCCCCAUCAGGGAUCCAUCAGGGCCCCAUCAGGGAUCCUGCUGCCCUCUUCUGGUGGUUCUGUGAUACUGAAGAAAUUAAAGCAGAAACAGAUUUUUGAAGUUUCCCGUUCUCUCAGGUUAGAUUAACGAUUCACGUGAGUUAAGGGGCGAAACUGUUAUUUGUUCACAUGACAUCAAACUCGAUUUGACUCACCGUAAUUAUUUUUGUGGCCCUCUGGACUCCAAAUUUUGAAAAAGAUCUUCCUAAUAAGAGUUGUGUGUAAAGCUUUUAUCAAGGCAGUUUCAGAUUACAUCAACUAUCAAAAGAUGCUGAAUAUUAUCUCAUUUUAAUGAGAUUGAAAGCUAAUGUUUUAACAGCCUGGUAGCUUUACCUUUACAUUCUGCUGCUGGCCCUUUAAAGACAUUGUUGCCAUGGCAGCAGACCUUUCAGAGUGGUUGCUAAAGCUGCAGUCACUGAUCAGCGUCAAGAUUUAACCGUUUAAUGACGAACAGACACAUUGCAGAAUGUUUCCUUGGACUUUAUUUGAUAGAAAAGCUGUGUGUGUGUGUGUGUGUGUGUGUGUGUGUGGCCAGUGGGUAUCAUGGAGGAGCAUGGCGGACAGACAACAGGAAACAAAACGAGGCACUUGUUCUGAUCCGGAGCUGCCAGUCAUCCUGUCACUAUGGUUGCUGUGGUGACACUGGAGAACAGCUGGACCUGACAUCAGUGUGUGUGUGUGUGUGUGUGUGUGUGUGUGGUUAUGGCUCUGUUAAAUCAUCAGUUUCUCUU